AUGCGCCCUCGGAUUGAUUUGGAUCCUUACAAGGAUGAGAUCAUCGGUCUGUUCAAUCAAAAAUAUACCACCGAGAUCAUCUGUGCCCUCAUGAAGCAGCGUCAUUCACUAGAUCUCUCUGAUGGUACUCUUUCUCGUCGUCUGAGAGAGUGGGGUUUGCGCCGACUACCUUCGAAAAGGGUCGAUGAUGCCGCUUUACGCGAGCGCAUCACAUCACUCGUUCGGGAUGAUCUCUCCGACAAGGAAAUCGCGGAAAUAUUACGCCGCGAGGAAGCGUUUUCCGGAUUAUCCCAAAGUAAAGUCUCGAAGACCCGGCGAAAAAUGGGUCUGCGUCUACGGACAGACGAUCCCCAGGCCCGCCAGGCACAGGAUGCACAGAUCGAAGAAGUCAUUCGACAGGAGAUUGAGAAGGGAGAGAUUGAAGGAUACGGAAGAAGACUCCUGCAUUCGCAUCUUCGGGCAAAAGGCCAUGUUUUUCCUCGCGAUCGCGUCUUCGCGGCGUAUUGUCGCCAACGCCCUGACUCUCUUCGUCGCCGGACCCUUGACCUUCAACGCAUGCAGCCUGAGCCUGAGCCAACGCCAGAACCAGUUGAGGAUUCAACCGGCCCCAACCACAUAUGGCACAUGAUUGGUUUCAUGAAAAUGGCAGAAUUUGGCCUCGAGAUGUACGCCGCGAUUGAUGAAUACUCUCGCUAUGUUCUGUGGAUCUAUGUUGGUGUGCCUUCACGCACAGCAGUAAGCGUCUACCGGCAAUAUCUUGACGCGGUCUCCGAAUCGAAACAUGUGCCGCAAAUUGUUCGAACCAAUCUGCAUGCAGAGACAACUCUCGUUGGAGAUGCUCAUUUGGCACUCAUGCGCGCGGCUCAUCCAGAGAUUGUGCAGGCUGACUGUUACUCUUCCGGUGGGAGCUCGGAGACCAAUCGCCGUGACAGCUGGUGGUCACAGCUAUCAAAAUCGAGUGUCUUUAUUUGGCGCAACUACUUCGCAACACUUCAAGAUCAGCAUCUUUAUUCGAAAACAAGCAUCCCCGACCAAGUCGCUCUACUCGCAGUAUUCAUGCCAACCAUACGCUCAUCGGUCAAUUCAUAUGUCAAGACCUGGAAUCGCCAUAAGAUUCGCAAACAACCAAAACGCCCAUGGGUCGCUCACGGCGCACCGCUCUAUCUCUACGAGCACUCAACGAAGAAAAACUUCCGCGAACCAGCAGAUCCAGCCCUUCUAGAAUCAUUGCAGCGAGAUGCAGCAAUCUGGGACGCGGAAGAGUAUCUCCCGCGUGACACCCUCGCAUGGUGCACUCGAGAGCUACAGCAGAUAGGAUUCGAUCCGUGCAACCCUCCCCCACGCGAUGAUUUUGCUCAACCGUACAGAGCAGUGUAUCUGGAGCUUCGUCGGCGAGCGAUUCUGCAUGUGCAGUCGCGUGCUUCGCCAAUCCUUGGGAUCUGCGAGCUGCCAACUCGGGAGAGUUGGUAG